UGGUUGAUGAUAAGAAUGUCGAACACGAUGUCUCGUUUGACGGUACUUCCUCGGGCGGAAUGUCCGGUUCUUCCACUUCCGUUCUCUGUCAAAGUCGACGAGUGGUCGUUAGCAGCCGCUGGAACGAGGGGCACUUUCCCUACCCACCUCCGGGAAAUCAAUCCCGACGCUCAAGCUCUCCUUGAAAACCCUGUUAAAUAGUCUCGCUUUCAUCGCCAUUUUCGCCCUGCCCUCCUCGUCCCGGCUUCCGCAUUUGUUAGAGAGCUAAAGCUCUCAUGGAGACAAGUAAAGGCGUGUUGGGGAAGAAUGAGACGGACGAAGUGAUUGUGAUGAUCUCGAGCAGCGAGUAUCUAAGCAGAGGCUCAUCUCCAAGACCCAAUAUUGAGCUCACAGAGCUUGAUAACCUUCAGUCUAGGGUGCAAAAUUCCAACUUGACAAGCCCUUCCGCUCAGGGACUCACCCAAUCUAGCCCAUCUCCUACUAAGCCUCCAAGAAUCCCCACCAGGAAGUCCCUUUUGAGGUCUUCCUAUUCGAAGCCGAAAUCAAGAUUAGCAGAACCAUCAUAUCCUGGUGAUACUGAUUUAGUUGAAGGGAAAACCCAAGUGAAGAGUUCUCAGUCUCCCUACAGGAAUUCACCUAGAGUGGGUUCACCUUAUAAUGCUGCAAGUUCUGGUGCCAAUAAAGACAAUGUGAAGUCUGUGCCGAUCACGCCUCGGAUGCCAUUGAUCGCGUCCCCCGUUCCAGAGGAGGAAGAUGAUGAGGAGGUGUACAAGACUGCAAACUUGAAGAUCCAACAAAUGUCUGGUAAGAAGUUUCCUAAGGUAAUUUUGGUUGAGUGGGUUGCAUUUGUGUGCAUCAUGGGACUUCUGAUCACAAGUUUAACUGUUCACAAGCUGCGAGAUACUUGUAUUUGGGGAUUGAGAUUGUGGAGAUGGUGUCUGCUGGUGUUGGUGAUUUUUUGUGGUAGGCUAGUGACUGAGUGGUUGAUCAAUAUAGUGGUCUGCUUGAUUGAAAGGGAAUUUUUGCUCAAAAAGAAGGUUCUGUACUUUGUGUAUGGAUUGAAAAAGGGUGUGCAGGCAUUUAUCUGGUUAGGUUUGGUUCUUUUAGCUUGGGCCUUAUUACUAAAUCAUGGAGUCAAGCGAUCAAGGCCCACGAAAAAGAUUCUGAAUUACGUUACAAAGGCUCUUGCUUCUUGUCUUAUUGGAGCUGCCAUAUGGUUGAUCAAGACCCUGUUGAUAAAGUUACUAUCUUCUUCAUUCCGAUGCACGAGGUUCUUCGAUCGCAUCCAAGAGUCGCUUUUUCACCAGUACAUUGUCAGGACCCUUUCAGGCCCGCCACUGAUGGAGAUGGCCGAAAAUGUUGGUAGAUCGAGAAGUAGUGGCCAACUCAGUUUUAUGAAAUACAAUAAAGAGGGAGCUAAGAAUCAAGAGGAGGUGAUUGAUGUUGAGAAGUUACAUAAGAUAAAGCAAGAUAAAGUUUCUGCUUGGACUAUGAAAGGGUUGAUUAAUGUCAUUAGCGUGUCGGGGCUGUCAACUCUUGCUGAGAGCCUUGAACAAAGUGAUGACGAGGAGGCAAAGCAACAAGAUAGGGAGAUCACUAACGAAUGGGAGGCCAGGGCUGCUGCUUAUCAGAUAUUCAGGAAUGUAGCGAAGCCCGGGAGCAAGUUCAUUGAAGAGGAGGAUCUUUUGCGCUUCAUGAAGAAGGAAGAUGUUGACAAUGUAAUCCCGUUGUUUCCAGAAGCAGUGGAAACUAGGAAGAUCAGGAGAUCAUCUUUGAAGAAUUGGCUGGUAAAUGUGUACCUUGAACGUAAAUCUCUUGCACUCUCCUUAAACGACACGAAAACAGCCAUAGACGAGCUGAAUAACCUUGCUUCAGCGGUUUUGCUUAUUGUGAUCAUCAUUAUCUGGUUACUUUUGAUGGGAUUUAUGACGACAAAAGUACUCGUCUUCAUAUCAUCUCAGCUUUUGCUUGUGGUGUUUAUGUUCGGUAACACAGCCAAAACCGUUUUCGAGGCCAUCAUAUUCGUAUUUAUAAUGCAUCCGUUUGAUGUGGGUGACCGUUGUGUAAUUGAUGGAGUGCAGAUGGUGGUUGAAGAGAUGAAUAUAUUGACUACACUCUUCUUGAGAUAUGACGGUGAAAAGAUAUUCUACCCAAAUUCAGUUUUGGCAACUAAACCUAUCAGCAAUUUCUAUAGGAGCCCAGAAAUGAGCGACGUGGUGGAGUUCACUGUUGACUUCUCUGCUUCAGUCGAAAAGAUUGGAGAUCUAAAAUCUAGAAUUAAAACGUACUUGGAAAGCAAGCCUAAACACUGGCAUCCGGGUCAUAAUGUUGUGGUUAAGGAGAUCGAGGAUGUUAACAAGUUGAAGUUGGGCCUCUACGUUACUCACACGAUCAAUUUCCAAAACUACGGUGAUAAGAACAGCCGCAGAUCCGAGCUUGUGUUAGAACUCAAGAAAAUCUUUGAAGAACUUGAUAGUAAGUAUCGUCUGCUCCCUCAAGAAGUUCAAAUCAGCUAUAUCGGAUCGGCAGCUACUAAUGGACGGCUUUGACUCGUCCAGCAAGUUCCUAGUUUGCUGCAAGUAAGCGCCUACUUCUUUCUUCUCUUGAUUAGCGUGUCACCCCGGAUGUUUGUGUUCCUCGCUCGAAACUGGGACAUCUAGACAUUAACAUCUAUAAUCUCAAAAAUGCCGAGUGUGAAGUCACCGCACUUCUUGUGCUUGAUCAGAUUCGAUCUUUCAUAAGCUGUGCUUCUAUAUUUCUUUUCAAUUCUUCUAAGGCGGUAAAACUUAGUGUCGUAUUUCAGAUUAGUCUUUCAGUGUAUCAUUAGCUUCGAUUUGGUUAAAAGAUUGUUAGUCCAGGAAAA